ACAUGGGUAGUUUAGUUCCAAGAUGGCGGACAGUAACACAGAUGAGGUGAGGGGACAGUUUAAGUUUUGUUCUCUCUGCCGAUUGAAUCACGACCAAGGAAGAAAACACAUUUAUUCACGAAAACAUAAAUCCUUGCUUGGAAAGACUCUGAUGAAAUUUGGAAAAAAGGUUGACGAGGCAAGAAAGUUUCUAAGGAAACCUUCUGUAGAGGAUGGUGAGCUAGAACCAGGAUCAAGAUUCUGGUGUCAUUUCUGCACUGAGAAUGUUAACAAACAUGUGACUGAUAGAGAUGUCACCAUCAAGUAUGGUGGAGUUUUUGAGCAUUUUGCAAGUGAGAGUCACAGAAAGAAUCUCCACCAGUACUGGUGGGAAAAUGGAGCUGAUAAAAACCUGAAAAGCAAGUUUCUGGUUGACAAGGAAAGAUUUAGCAGCUAUAAAGAAGAGGUUGAUAAAAAACUAAAGGAAUUUGAAACUCAAAUGGAAGAGAAAAGACGGAAGCAAAUUUCUCAGAUCAAACAUAAAGAAGCUCUCCAGGCUCAUGCAAGUCAACAGCCACCAGAGAUUCAAGUCUUGCCAGAAGUUGUUUACAAGACGGUGCAAAAUGAACAAGGAAUUCUUCAGAAUCCAACAGGAUGGCAUGAAGGUCAAAGGGUUUGGGGUGGUGGAAUUGUAAAAUACAGACCAGGAUCAACUCAGUGGUUUCCAUGGGUUAUGGAUUCAAUUGACGAUGCCUCUAAAAGUUCUACUUCCUCAAACGACGUCAUACCAACACAAUUCCAGACUGCUGAGGCAUUUGGAGACAAUCUUACUUGUAUAGGAAUCCCGGAGUUAAAGAAGGGAGAAGGAAAUGUCCAUACAGGUGCAACACCCCCCUGGUUGAGAAAUGAUGAUGAUGAUGAUGAUAAUGACGGUCAGACGAGCAGUGCAGCUUGUAAUGAUGUUAUUGGCCCAUCCUAUGAUGCCUUCAAAAAACAUGUUGAACGGAUGAAGAAAGUAAACGCAAACAACAAAAAUCCCAACAGAGUUGGUGCAAAUUUUGACAGGAAAAAGGAAACGAGCGAUGAUUGGCUUCCUUCUUUUGGCAGAGUGUGGAACCAUGGCCCUCGCUGGCAAUCCAGACACGACUUCAGAGGAGAAAACAAGAAAGCCAAGAGGAAAUAAAAAUCUUCGUUAAAUGGUUUCAUAAUAAAUUUAGUUUGUCAAGACGAUCUGUUUUCUUACUGCAGUAACCGGGGCCGGGUUGUUUCAAAACCGGUUAACGUUAACCCAGGAUUAAUAGUUAACCUAUAAAAAUGUUUUUCACUGCUUA